AUGCAAACUGCAUCUUACCACAAGAUGAAAGGGAUGCUUGAUAACAGUUUUAAAGACUGAGAAGAUAUAACCAUUUCCUUUCAUUUUUGAUUGAUGAGUGUAGUACAGAUAAGACAGGAAGGCAAACUCAACCGAUUAGUAUAUCCAUGUAAGUUGCUUCUGGUUAGAAUAGGAUCCAAUUUGACAAUGUUUAGGUUCCUCUUCAUUAUCUCUGAAUUAUUCAGAAAGUGUUUUGCAAAGAAAAAAAGUGUUUGUGGACCUAGAUUCAGACUGAGAUAAAAAAGGACAUCCAAAGAAAAAUGCCUGACAAUUAUAGGAAAUAAUAAAAAUACAUCUUAGUCAAGUAUGCUGCGCUAAAUCAAUGACUGGCAUUGAGCAUCAAGACUGAUUGUUUAGGGCAAUCAGGACCCACCACAUAGAGUUAUAAAUUAGGUCAAACUCCUGAAGCUCAUGCUAUCUAGAGGAAAAUAAGAUCUCAACAAACCUGAGGUUCUCCUUUAGGUAGGGGAAAAGAGGGCAAGAAGUUGUGUUGGUUUGGCAGCUGAGAAAAUUUUCUGCAGCUCUUGAGAGUUCUCUUUGUGUCUCAGUUUUCCAUUUCUGUCAAAUGAAAAAUCCUUCCUAAAUCAGUGUAUUAUUCAGUGACAAUCUGUGUCUGAUAUUCCUUGGGCCUUUUUUGUCUUUGGGGUAGAGGGAUAAACUCCUGAUUUCCUUCCCUCAGAAGAAAUGGACUCAGACAUCCCAGAAGCCUUCCAGAAAGAGCUCACCUGCCUCGUGUGCCUGAAUUACCUUCUAGACCCAGUCACCAUAGGCUGCGGACACAGCCUCUGUAGGUCCUGUCUCUGUCUUCUCUGGGAGCAAGCCAAAGACCCUGCCAGUUGCCCAGUGUGCAGGCAACGAUCACAGCAGACAAACCUCAAAACCAAUUUUCUUCUGAAGAAUCUGGUGUCCAUUGCCAGAAAACCAAAUCUCGGGCAAUUCCUGAAGUCUGAGGAACAUAUGUGUGGGACCCAUAAGGAGACAAAGAAGAUCUUCUGUGAAGCCAACAAGAGUUUGCUCUGUUUGGUCUGCUCUCAAAGUCAGGAGCACAGGGCUCACAGGCACCGUUCCACUGAAGAGGCUGCUGAGGAACACUGGGUGAGUGAUGAGAAGCUGGCAAACCAAAUGAGAUCUUUAUGGGAAAAGAUCCAAGGAAUUGAAAGAAAUCUCAAGAAAGAUGGCAGAGGAACUGACCCUUGGAUGUUUUACGUGUAUCGAUAUGGAGACAUGAUUAGGAAAACUUAUCAGAUGGUAACUCCAUUUCUUCAGGAGGAAGAAAAUUACUACUUAGGGAGUAUUAUAAAAGAAAGCCAAAAGAUUUGUAAGCAAAUCAGAAAAAGACAAGAGGAAAUGAGUGGAAAGAAGACAGACCUCAAAGUAAUAUACAAAGAGCUCAUGAAAAUGUCCUAUAAACCAGAUGUGGAGCUGCUCCAGGUAAGAUAUAGGAGCGAGUCAGCACAGCUGCACGUGCCUCAGACUCUGCUGCCAGAACUCCGUGCACAACCCAUCACUGGGCUGAUGGAACGGUUCAACCGUUUCCGAGGUGAAGGUCACCCCAUCGGUGUGUCCACCCUGCAAGGUCCUUCAAUAAUGGUUUCUACAAUCUUUCCCUCUUCAUCUCUCACCUUGUACAGAACAGCCUGCAAACAGGCAUGUAUAGACAUGUGUAGUCACAGAGUCAUUAAAAUCCUUACAAAAUACAUGCAGGCUGGUGCAGGGAUAGAUGUGAUUCAGGCCUUAUAAAUUACUCAUAAAUUUGAUAAAUAAUUUCUAUAAUGAAAAAAAGGACAUGCUCCAAAAAUGGUUCCUUGAGCCCUAGAAAUAUCACCCCAUACAA